CUCACUAUAUUAUAGUCAUCAAUGUCUUUCUUGUUUCCAUAGCUCUCCCUCUCCAUUUUCUCUCCAAUUAAUCAAAGCUCAAUCUCUAAUCUCUCCAUAAACAUUCCUUUCAAGACGAUCAAACACAUAUCUCUAAUCUCAGCCAAAUAUCUUAUCUCAAUCACCAAGAGAGAGUUCUAACUUCUAUCUUGUGUCAAAAAGAGAUUUUCGAGUAAUUGGGUAAUUGGGUUUUUCUCAGUUUCUGAAGUAUAUCAACUUUUCUUUCUAUAUAUUGCUUAACAUCUUAUCCUUCAUAUGGACUACUUGAAAGAAAUGGAAGGUAAAAGACUACAUGACCAUUUUGACGACAAGAUGAGCAACUCAGUGAAAAGGGUUUGGGUGCCGGGACCUGUCAUAGUCGGCGCUGGCCCGUCAGGGCUAGCUUCAGCUGCCUGUCUCAAACAAAAAGGUGUCCCAACUUUGAUUCUUGAAAGGGCUAAUUGCAUAGCUUCUUUGUGGCAGCAAAAGACCUAUGACCGGCUUCGCCUUCAUCUUCCUAAGCAAUUCUGUGAGCUUCCUCUUAUGCACUUCCCUCCAAAUUUCCCAAAUUUCCCAACUUACCCUUCAAAACAACAGUUUAUCGCCUACUUAGAGGCUUAUGCGCAAAGUUUUAACUUAGAACCGGUGUUUAAUAAGACGGUGGUGAGUGCAAAUUUUGACAACGGAUGUGGGUUUUGGAGGGUUAGGGCUCAAGGGCUGAAAAUGGAGGAGACUGAGUAUGUGUGUCAAUGGCUAGUUGUUGCCACCGGAGAGAAUGCAGAAGAGGUUGUGCCGGAAAUUGAAGGGAUGAGUGAAUUCGUUGGGCAAAUUGUUCAUACGAGUUCAUAUAAGACCGGUGAAUCGUUUUGUGGGAAGAAAGUUUUGGUGGUUGGUUGUGGGAAUUCAGGCAUGGAGGUUUGUUUGGACCUCUGCAAUUAUAAUGCUAUUCCAUCCCUUGUGGUUAGAGAUUCAGUUCACGUCUUGCCACAGGAAAUGCUGGGGAGAUCAACUUUCGGACUGUCGAUGUGUUUGCUCAAGUGGUUCCCAAUGCGAUUGGUGGAUCGAUUUUUACUUCUAUUGUCCCGGUUGAUGAUUGGAGACACAGCUCGACUAGGGCUCACCAGACCAAAACUUGGUCCCCUCGAACUCAAGAGCAGCUCCGGGAAGACACCGGUGUUGGAUAUUGGAACACUUCAAAAAAUAAAAACUGGGAAUAUUAAGGUAUGCCAUGGAAUAAAGAGACUAACACAUCACUCAGUGGAGCUCAUAGAUGGAAGAGAGGAGAAUUUUGAUGCUAUCAUCUUAGCUACUGGUUACAAAAGCAAUGUACCCAUUUGGUUGAAGGAGAACAAUUUCUUCUCAGAGAAGGAUGGGUUUCCAAGGAAACCAUUCCCACACGGAUGGAAAGGCGAAAAUGGAUUAUAUGCAGUCGGAUUCACCAAACGUGGCUUACUCGGAACAUCAAUGGAUGCAAGAAGGAUUGCAGAAGAUGUUGAACAACAAUGGAAUGCCAAGCCAACCGAUUUAAAGCCCUUACUCAUGGACUUUAGGAAAGAGACAUAAUUGAGAUCAAAAACUUCAGAGGCUAGAGAUGAGAUGCAGAAAAGAAAAAGAAGAUAAAAAAAUUAGAGACUAUAUGUGUUUACGUUGUAUAUUGCUAUUUUCCUCUAGUUAGGGUUAUGUUUUUUGAGAAGGUGAAGGGUGUGGUUCUCAGGGUUAGGACAUAUUUUCAAGGUGUGGUUAUUGGUUAGUGUUAGCAGGUAUUUUAAUAUUAUAAUGUGUUAUAGGUUGGCUUUUCUUUUUUUUCUCUCCAAGUCUCUUCGAGUCUUCAUCAAGUCUACCAAUUCUUAUCCUUUCCAAGACUUCCAAGUCUAAGUCUUCCUAGUCAAGUCCAUGUCUUCCAAGUCUUUCAAGUCGUCUUCACCAAGUCUUGGUCUUAUCUCCUGUAACUUAUCCACCAGAACCUUUUUUGAUUUCUAUAUAUAUAUUAACUUAUGUCCUAUCUUUAGAGACACAUAAGAGAGAAGAAGUUUUGAUUGUGUUGUUAUAUCUUGAGUGAGAUUAUCAGGCAAAUAAAAAGGGUGUGUGUGAUAAAGCUUUCGGUUUAACCAAUUGUGCAGUAUUGGUGAACCAUACGACUUAGUCGGGCUGUUGUAUCCUGGGGGGACAAGUCAAGGUUUGUUCUGCUGCACCGGUGUGAGGCUUUGCCUAACCGCAGAGGGCUUGAAUCUCCUUAAAGAGAGCGAGUUUCCCGCGCCUCAGCCUUGAUAAUAAGUUAUUGUAAUUUUAUUAUUUGUAUUUUCUGGUGUGUUAUUUGUAAUUAUCACCAACAAUUUUAAGGAGAUUCAAAUAGCAAAAGUUCAUGGAGCCAGUACUGGAGAAGCCCAACGAGAAUACCGGCGAUCUCAACAAGCCCUUCCGGUUCAAGGGAGCUCAUUUCAAGAGAUGGAAAGGCAAUGUGCUUUUCUACCUCAGUCUCCUCAAGGUGGCUUAUAUCCUGACCGAGAAAAAUCCGAACAAAGUCCCCACUAAAGAGAUGACCGACGAGGAGUAUGCCACUCAUCUUGAAAAACUCGAAAAAUACAACACAGAUGAGUAUAAAUGUCGAUACUAUCUUUUGAAUUGUCUUUCAGAUCAAUUUUAUGAUUAUUAUGAUACUACUUACACCACUGCCAAGAAAAUUUGGAAAGCCUUGCAGAACAAAUAUGACACUGAAGAGGUAGGCGCUAAAAAAUAUGCUGCAAGCCAUUUUUUCCGCUAUCAGAUGAUAAAUGGAAAAUCAAUAGU